AUGAUCGCUAGGCGGGCCUGGCACAAGCGGGCUUUGGUGUCCGGUCGCCGGUGGCUGUAUCCGUACACCUCUUCAGCUCCGUCGCAGGCGACAGUGCUCUCGGGCCGCAGCCCUCCGUUUCGAGCGUUCUCUUCCGAGCUUGUUGCAUUCUCCACCGUCGCUUCCACUCCAUUUCGCUUUGCUGAUCCGAUAUCCAAUUGUAGCAUUGCGUAUAAUGUGAAGAGGAGCUGGUUUUCAAGUCAAGCAAUGGCUGAUGUUACAGCAGCUGGUAAUGGCAUAGUUGAUGUACCAUUGGCUCAAACUGGUGAAGGCAUUGCUGAGUGUGAGCUCCUCAAAUGGUUUGUGCAAGAGGGGGAUCAAGUUGAAGAAUUUCAGCCACUUUGUGAAGUUCAAAGUGACAAAGCAACCAUUGAAAUAACAAGCCGGUAUCAAGGGAAGGUUAAUCAGCUUCUCUACAUUCCCGGUGACAUCGUUAAGGUUGGAGAAAUUCUUUUAAAGAUGGCCGUCGAGGAAUCUCAGGUUCCAAAGCAGAUUUCUGAGAGUUUGGAAAACACCAAGUCACUAGAUUCUGAGCUGAACACUCAGAACAUAGGUGGAGUUUUAUCUACACCUCCUGUUCGGAAUCUUGCGAAGCAAUAUGAUAUAGAUAUAAAUGAAGUCGAUGGAACUGGUAAAGAUGGGAGAGUAUUGAAAGGAGAUGUCCUUAAAUAUGCUGCCCAGAAAGGAAUCAUUCAAGACCCAUCUGCCUCUUUGAGUGCUAGUUCUGAUAAAGUUUUGGGAGACGAAAAGAGUUACUCACAUCCAUCAGCUGAAUCCGGAUGUAAUUAUGAUGAUAAGACAGUUACCCUGAGGGGAUUCCAACGAAGAAUGGUUAAAUCGAUGAGUAUGGCUGCAAAAGUUCCACAUUUUCAUUAUGUUGAGGAGAUAAAAUGUGAUGCACUUGUAGAGCUGAAACAGUCUUUCCAAAGUAAUAACUCUGAUUCAAAUGUCAAGCACACGUUCCUUCCAUUGUUGAUAAAGACACUUUCAAUGGCCAUGGGCAAAUAUCCGUUAAUGAAUAGUUGCUUCAAUGAAGAGUCACUUGAGGUCAUCCUCAAAGGUUCCCACAAUAUCGGCAUUGCCAUGGCUACUCCAUAUGGUCUAGUUGUGCCAAUCAUAAAGAAUGUCCAGUCUCUUUCCAUUUUGGAGAUAACAAAGGAACUUUCACGGUUACAACAAGUGGCAUUGGAAAACAAGCUUAGGCCUGAAGAUAUAUCUGGAGGAACAAUAACUUUAAGUAAUAUUGGAGCAAUUGGUGGGAAAUACGGUUCGCCUUUGCUCAACUUGCCUGAGGUUGCCAUAAUUGCACUUGGGCGGAUUCAGAAGGUUCCACAAUUUGCAGAUGACGGAAAUGUAUAUCCUGUGUCAAUUAUGACGGUCAAUAUAGGGGCUGAUCAUAGAGUGCUGGAUGGAGCAACUGUUGCCAGGUUUUGCAACGAGUGGAAACAAUUUAUACAGAAUCCAGAGCUGCUCAUGUUGCAUAUGAGAUAG